AUGGACAUGUUGCAGAUACUACGUAAAACCACAGAGCGCUUAGAGUGUGAUCACUGCAGCUUCAGAGGAACGGACUAUGAAAACAUACAAAUUCAUAUGGGUACCAUACACCCAGAGUAUUGUGAUGAAAUGGAUGCUGCUGGUUUGGGUAAACUUAUAUUUUAUCAAAAAAGUGCAAAACUGUUUCACUGCCACAAAUGUUUCUUUACCAGCAAGAUGUAUUGCAAUGUAUAUUAUCACAUCACAGCACAACAUGCAGCACCUGAGAAGUGGAAUGAGGAGCGGAAAGAACAGGUAGAAGGAGAUUCCGAUUCCUCCAAAAAAAGUGUCACAUUGGAGCCACAGAAACCUGCCCUUUGCUCUGAGUUGCGCAAACCUGCCCUGUCUCCUGAACUACCCAAAUCUGAACCUGUUGUUUCCCCCAAGCUUCAGAAGUCAUCAGUGUCCCCAGAGCUUCAGAAGUCAUCUCAGGCAGCUUCCUCAGAGCCAGAGAAGUCAGCCCAGGCCACGUCCCCAGAUCCAGAAAAGUCAGCCCAGGCCAUAUCUCCAGAUCCAGAGAAGUUAGCCUCAGCUGUAUCCCCAGACUCAGAGAAGCCGUCUCCUGCUGUGUCCCCUGACCCACAGAAGCCUUCUCCUGCUGUGUCCCCCGACCCACAGAAGCCAUCUCCUGCUGUGUCCCCUGACCCGCAGAAGCCAGCCCCGGCCGUGUCUCCAGAGCCCCGUCGGCAUUCCCCGGCCAUGUCUCCAGAGCCCCGUCGGCAUUCCCCAGCAAUGUCUCCAGAGCCCCGUCGGCAUUCCCCUGCUGUAUCACCAGAGCCCCGUCGCCAUUCUCCUGCUGUGUCUCCGGAGCCCCGUAGAUACUCCCCUGCUGUGUCGCCAGAGCCAAAGAAACCUACUCCAGCAGUAUCCCCUGAACCGCGAAGGCCUGCUCCUGCAGUUUCACCAGAGUCAUGGAGACCUGGUCCGACUGUUUCCCCUGAGCCCUGGAGAUCUACACCUCACGAGGUGCAGAAGUCUUCCACGGUUUCUCCCUGGGCUCCAAAGGCUGCCAUGUCGGUGUCUGUAGAAUCCCGCAGGUCUGCCCCUGAGUCCCGAAGGCCUGGCUCUGUUGUGUCGCCAGAGCCUAGGAGGCUUGUUUCUGACUCGUGGAAGUCUACGUCCUUUUCUGAAUCCCAGAAGUCUACUCUUGUUUCUUCUGAGCCGUGGAAACCCAUCUCAUCUGUUUACCCUGAAGGCUGGAAACCUGUUCUGUCCCCUGACACGUGGAAACAUUCUCCUCCUGUUUCUCCUGAGCUUCGAAAGUCUAGUCACACAGUUUCCUCUGACUCUUGGAAGCCUUCUUUCUUUCCUGAGGUCCGUAAGCCUGGUGCUUCAGUAUCUCCUGAAUCUUGGAAACUCUCUGAGUCCCGGAAAUCUAUGUAUUUUUCUGAAACUCAGAAAUCCACCUCUGCUGCUUCCUCUGAGGUUCAGAAACGGGCUCAUUUCCCUGAACCUCGGAAAAGAGCUCUGUUCCCAGAGUCUCGUAAAUCUAAUCCUACUGUUUCUACUGAUGUCCAGAAACGUGGUGUCUUUUCUGAGCCCCAGAAUCAGUUGUCUACUUCUACUGUUUCUACUGAAGGCCAAAAACAUGCCCUAUGUUCUGAAGCCCAGAAAUCAGCUCUUGUUUCUUCUGAAGUCCAGAAGCAUGCCCUAUUUUCUGAAGCCCAGAAACUUGCUCCUGUUUCCUCUGAAGUUCAAGAGCCUACUUCCUUUCCAGAGUCUCAGAAAUCUGCUUCUCCUGAAAUUCAGAAACAUGGCCUCUUUACUGAGUCCCAGAAACCUCCUCCUUCUGUUUCUCCUGAGACCCCCAAACAAGCUCUUUUUACUGACUCCCAGAAAUCUGCUGUUUCCCCUGAUGUUCAAAAGCAUGCUGUAUUUUCUGAGAUGCAGAAACCUGCUGCUGCUUUAUCCUCUGAUGUCCAGAGACAUGCUGAAACUACUGUACCUUCUGAAAUCCAGAAGAAUAUCCUGUUUUCCGAGCCUCACAAGUCUGCUCCGGGUUUUUCCUCCGAGCCCCAGACACCUAGUGAGUCUGGUGAGAGUGACUUUCUUUCUCACAAUUUAGAUGAUCAGAAACCACUGGAUGAUUUAUUCUCACAGGAUGAGCAAUCAAUAUUAGCCAAAGAAUCACCAGAAGACAUGUUAUAUUCAUGCCCAAAAAAGAAGCCCAAGAAGGAAAACCAGGAGAACUCAGAUUCUGAACUAAAUAGCAGUGAGUGUGGAAAAACAGAGAUGGACUCGAUGGAGAUAAAGGAGCAAGAAUCCAACAGUGACCAAGAGCAAUAUGAUAUGGAGUCAUCUGAUUACGGCAAAGAGAGCAAAAUAGAUGCAACUACUCCCAUGCAGCCACAGUGUGUGCUGCAGUUUACGGAAGAGAAAGAGGCUUUCAUCUCCGAGGAAGAAAUAGCAAAAUAUAUGAAGCGUGGCAAGGGAAAGUAUUAUUGCAAAAUUUGUUGCUGUCGUGCAAUGAAAAAAGGUGCUGUCUUGCACCAUUUAGUUAACAAGCAUAAUGUUCAAAGCCCAUACAAAUGUAAAAUAUGUGGCAAAGCUUUUCUCUUGGAGUCUCUUCUUAAAAACCACGUUGCUGCUCAUGGUCAAAGUUUGUUGAAGUGUCCACGUUGUAAUUUUGAAUCAAAUUUUCCCCGAGGCUUUAAGAAACAUUUAACCCAUUGCCAAAGCCGCCAUAGUGAUGAUACACCUAAAAAACACUUGGACAGCCUUGAACCACUUGAAGAACAAAUUUAAUCUGUUUUUUUUCUUGUGCUUGAAAAGCUGAAUUUACAGAAGUGUUCAAAAGUGUUGCUGUAUGUUAACCAAGUAGUUUAGCUGAUCUGACAAGUCAGAAGAUGCAUGGUUUAUUGUACUAUGUUUAACUUGUCUUAUAGCUGUAUUACUGAAACGAUUUACUUUCAAAAGUAAUUUUAAAUACGUGUUCCUGUCUUUGUAUUACCCAUCAGUAGAGUCAUAUUUUAUUUUUCAGAUGUACUAUGUUUUUGAAACCAAAAUGGAUACAAAUUAGUUUUGUAAAGAUUUGUAAACAUACAGGCAAUUAAGGACUGGAGUGGCAAGCGAUCCAUAUAUUCUGUGAAGACUGAACUUGUUUUUUCACACUUGUUAAAUGUCGUAUUUUUCAAAAUGUUUUUAUGAAAUUCUCAAAAUUAAAAUUCUCACCAAAUUGAAUGUGAAUGAGCCAGGCAUGAGAAACUACCAAUCCUUCUGGAAUAAUUGUGCCCUGAGGUUGUAAUUGAGUGUAUAGUCAUUUGUUGGAAAUGUAUUGCACUCAAUUCUCUGACUUACUUGUCUCAGAUUUAGAAGCAUCAAGGUACUUAUUUUGUGAUUCUGUAUUUUGGCCAUGUUUUAAGCAUGUACUAAUAUACAUUAAAUUGAUGGAUUAAUGUCAGACUAUGUAUAGCUCAACACUUUCUCUUGAUGAUUCACAUGUUUGUAAUGUCAGAAACCCCCUAAAUUUCUUGUAUUUGGUGAAAUGUUAUGCUUUA